CCCCUUCCCCGCGCCGGGCGCGCGCACGUCAGGCACGCAGGGCCGCGAAAGGGGGGGUGGGGUGCGCGCGCGCGCGCGGAGUGAGGGGAGGUCUCCUGGCGCCGGCCUCGGGUGGGGGAACCGGGAGGAGCGCGCCAGGCGAGCGGAGUGGGCCGGGCCGGGCCUGGCCGCGGCGGGGCUGGUCACGGUGGCGGAGCCGGAGGAGGCCGGGCCCCGCCCCGCCCCCAUCCCCCCACCGGCGGAGGCGGCGGCGGCGGCGGAGGCGACCCCAGCAGGGAGCGGUGGCGGCGGCGGCGGCGGCGGCUCUUCCCCGCCCUUGGCGGCGGCGGCGGCGGCGGCGGCGACCGUCUCGUCCCCCCCGUGCCCCCCCUCCCCCCCUGGCGCCGCCGCCGCCGCCGCCCCCUCCUCGACUGCCGCGGUGCCCAUGGAGGGGCUGCCCGUGGAAGUGCGGGGCUCCAACGGGGCCUUCUACAAGGGUUUUGUUAAAGAUGUUCAUGAAGAUUCGGUCACGAUAUCCUUCGAGAACAACUGGCAGCCCGAAAGACAGAUCCCCUUUGGCGACGUGCGGCUGCCCCCACCAGUGGAGUACAGCAAAGAGAUUUCAGAAGGGGAGGAGGUGGAGGUGUAUUCUCGAGCUAAUGAGCACGAACCGUGUGGCUGGUGGCUGGCCAGAGUCCGCAUGAUGAAAGGAGACUUCUACGUCAUAGAAUAUGCCGCUUGCGACGCCAUCUACAACGAGAUCGUCACGCUGGAGAGACUGCGGCCCGUUAACCCCAGCAAAGUCGCCACGAAAGGCAGUUUUUUCAAAUUUACCAUUGCGGUACCAGAGGAUCUCAAGGAAGCGUGCUCAAAUGAAAACGUCCAUAAAGAAUUCAAGAAGGCCGUGGGCGCAAACUGCAUCUUUCUUAGCUCCACUAGCAGUGAACUCAUCAUCCUCUCGACCAACGAAUCCACUGUCAAGAGGGCCUCUCUGCUGGGGGACAUGCACCUCCGCAGCAUCCGGACCAAGCUGAUGCUGAUGUCGCGGAACGAGGAAGCCAACAAGCACCUGGAGACCAGCAAGCAGCUGGCCUCGGCGUUCCAGGAGGAGUUCGCCGUGCGUGAGGAUCUGAUGGGCCUGGCGAUCGGCACCCACGGGGCCAACAUCCAGCAAGCCCGCAAGGUGCUGGGGGUCACGGCCAUUGAGUUGGAUGAGGAGACCUGCACCUUCCGCAUCUAUGGGGAGACCCCAGAAGCCUGCAAGCAGGCCAGGAGCUUCCUGGAGUUCUCCGAAGACUCGGUCCAAGUCCCCCGGAACCUCGUGGGGAAAGUGAUAGGCAAGAACGGCAAAGUCAUCCAGGAGAUCGUGGACAAGUCGGGCGUCGUCCGGGUGCGGGUGGAAGGCGACAAUGACAAGAAGAACCCCAGAGAGGAGGGGAUGGUUCCUUUCAUCUUUGUGGGGACGCGGGAGAACAUCAGCAACGCACAGGCGCUCUUGGAGUACCACCUCUCCUACCUCCAGGAGGUAGAACAGCUGCGGCUGGAGCGCCUGCAGAUCGACGAGCAGCUGCGGCAGAUCGGCCUGGGCUUCCGGCCUCCCUCCAGUCGGCCUGACAAGGACCGGGGGGGCUACCUGACCGAUGAGAGCGCCUCCUCCUCCUCGCUGCACAGCACACGGACCUACGGGGGAAGCUACGGCGGGCGGGGCCGAGGGCGCAGGGGACCCAGCUCCGGCUAUGCUACCAACUCGGAUGUGUCUAACGCCUCUGAGACCGAGUCGGAAAAGAGAGAGGACUACGAGUGUCCGCAGCCUGGCGAACGCGACCCUCGCCCCGAGGACAGCCGCAGGCGGGCGGGGGUCGGGCGAGGGCGAGGCCCUGCUCCGGUCCCCCGUGGGGGCAGCAGCAAGUUCACCAACUCCUCCAUCAGUUCCGUUUUGAAAGAUCCCGACAGCAACCCGUACAGCCUGCUGGACAACACUGAAACCGACCAGACGGCAGACACCGAUGCCAGCGAGUCGCAGCCGAUCAGCAACCGCCGGCGCCGAUCCCGCCGGCGCCGUACUGACGAAGAUGCCACGAUGAUGGACGGGGCCCUUGAGUCAGACAGCGUGUCUGUCAGUGAAAAUGGCGUGGAGGAAGAAUCGAAGCCUCAAAGACGCAACCGAAGCAGGCGCCGGCGUAACCGUGGCAACCGUGUGGAUGGCUCCAUCAGCCGGGACCGUCAACCUGUCACGGUGGCAGAUUACAUUUCCCGAGCAGAGUCUCAGAGCCGUCAGCAGCCUCCGCGCAAAGAAAGCCGGGAGAAAUCGGCAGAGGACGUCACAUCCAUACAGAAGGGUGAGGCCGGCAGCAAGGUCGUGAACGGCCCUUCAGAGAACGGGGAGCACGCUGCCGCCGCUGCCGCCGCCGCCACCACUGCCGGCAACGAGGAGGGGGCUACCCUGGUGAACGGGGUGUCCUAAGUGCCCCCGCCUCAGCAGCCGAGUCCGAUCCCUACUUUUCACCUGCUUGCAGCAUCUUAAGAGAAAUGAAAUAAACACCACACCGAUCUCUUGUUUAAAAACAAAACCAUUAUUUAAAAAAAACAAAACAACCACAAACCAACCCGGUCCUAAGGUAAUUAUCUUGUGCUCGUUAAAAGCUUGCCAAAGAUGGAAAAUGUUUUUUUUUCCAACGGCUCUUAACACAUCCUGGUGAAGCUUCGGCAGCGGCCGCCAGGCAGGGCAGCGAAGACACCCUCCCCCCCCUCCUUCCUUCCUUUCCACCCUCUGGCCAGGUGGGGUUGCUGACGCCGACCUGAGCGCUGAGCUCGGCGCCCCCCUUCCGGAGGCGUGGACGGAGCGGGUUCGGGGAGGAGAAAAACUCUGACUUAACAUGCAUCUGUUUUUUGGUGACUUUACUGGUUCUUUUUUUGUUUUGUUUUUUUUUUUUGCUUUGAAACAAAUGAGAAGAAGAGAAAAAAAUAAUAAUAACCGGCUAUUCAAACUGGAGAAAGGAGAAUGGGAGAGAGAAACCUGUGCCUUCUGACAAUGCAGACCUACGCAACCUAGCGCAGAACGCUCUUGGGGGGGGUUAUUUUGUUCCUUUACUCUUCGACUAGUUUAAAAAUUGAAGGCAGGGAGUCCGUCUGUUCCAGAUGGGAGGCAGGAGAGCUGCCCCCCCCUAAGUGUGGAGGGUUCUACGGCUGUUAACGAUGAACCCCCCUCUCCCCCACCCCACCUCCAGUGUUGAGCCUUCACUGGUGUGACUGGGUUUUGUGGCGGGGUGUGGAGGUAGAAGAAGAAGAAGGAGGGGGUGUGUGUGGAACUUUUGUUUGUAGGCCACACAGAUGUGCAUCUUUUUUUCCUUUCUUGAAACACUGUGGAAGCCGAGGCAGGCGGAGGACGAGCUGGCGAGGGGGGGGGGGCAUUUGCUGCCACAGCAGCUGCUGGAAGUGUGUGUGUUUGUGCGCGGGGAAAGAGGGGAUUUGAUCUGUGACGGUCGAGACUAUUUAUUUUUCACUGUACAGUAUUUAAAGAGAAUAAAAAAACCCAAACUCUUGAAAAAAAACAA